ACAGUGUUUCUGGCCUGGAUAUUCGUACGAAGUGAUUGUUACGUAAACUUAUCGGAUCUCUCUUUUACUCUUGUUGUAUAGCCAGAUCCACUAGCGCUCAUUAUUAAAUUAGAUACGCAUUCUUGACUUUUAUUUUCAUUGCUUGUUAUUUCUUGAAUAGUCGGUGGACUUCUUUUUAUAUUUUGUUGAAUUUUGUUACAAUGGAUUCAACUUUACGUGAACAAGUCAUGAUAAAUCAAUUCGUGUUAGCGGCAGGAUGUGCUCAAGAACAAGCUAAACAGUUAUUGCAAGCUGCUCACUGGCAGUUCGAGACAGCAUUAUCAAUAUUUUUUCAAGAAGUGGCAAUACCAGCUGGGGCUAAUGGAAUUGCAGCACCUCAUUAUCGCCAGCAACUGAUGACGCCAUGCAAUACACCAGCUACUCCUCCUAACUUCCCCGAUGCGUUAGCGGCGUUUUCGCGGUUGUCAACGACGGGCAGCCCAAAUAAUGCGGGUGGGGGUUGUGCAAGUGCAGCGGCGCCACCUGUAUCGCCGCUAGCCACUCACCCGCCGCCGCCUCCGCCUCCGCCACAUGUUCAAAUGAACAUGUUUCCUGGCACUCCAAAUCCUCAGACUAAUUAUUCGUCAAUCUCCUGCUCAACUGCUAUGUGCAGCGAAAAUAUGCCAAGAUAAAUUUGAAGGUAUUAGUUUAGGAGCAUCUAUAAUUUAUUUUUCUAAUGGUGCGCAAUGUGAGCUGUGGAAUUGUGUAUGAAAUGUAUAUUACUUUAGUAAACACCCUAUAGCAGCGUUGGUUUGCUGGACAAUAUUUGGGGUGUGGUACUGUAGUCAAUCAUGUUAAAUUUAUUACAAAAUAUCGUAUCUACAUAUUUAUAUGUAUACAGUGGUUUCAGAAUAUGCACAAUAAAUCCUAUUAAUUGUGUUAGUUUUUGGUAAUUGAAAUUUAUAAUGUGAUUGUAAAAUAUUAUAACAGAAAAUGUAAUGGAAUCGUAAAUAAUCAUGACUUUAACAUACAGAGUGAGAAUUUUGCUUUAGCUUCUAAAGUUCCAUUGUAAAUAGCUAAUUUCUCAAUGACCAUCUAAAAGAUACCACUUAACAAAUUUGUGAAAUGCUCCCCUAAUAAUUAUAUAUAGUUGACACUUUCAUAAUACUGAAAUUUUGCUACAGAUUAUGGCGUACUGUUAUUGAGUUGAGCAGUACAAAAUAUAACUUCUGGUGUGUAGACUACUAUAGAAGAAGCUUUACGAUUUCAAGACUUAAUUUAGAUUUGAAAGUGUGGAUUAACAAAAAACUAUUACUGUAAGAAUAGCAUGUCUGUUAAAACUUGAUACUACUGUGGUUGUUAUACUUAAAACAUAUUUUUAAAGGAAAGUGGUUUCAUAGUUUCAAUUAUUAUUAGGUACAUGGUGAUAUUCUGUCACAUCUUAGUAAUAGCUUUAAAAUAUAGGUCAAACCCAAAACACAUUGUGCGUUGCGGCGUGCACAUCACUGUAAACUAAAUAGCGUUAUCUUUUUUAAAUAAAGAUAAUGUAUAUAAAGGAUAAAAAGACAUAUUUCUGAAAUAAAAUAUUUUCUGACCUGUCCGGUGGUUGCAUAUUCCUUGAUUCUUGGAAGGUACUAAAAUCGAUACUGGCGUAGAAUAGAUAUUCGUGGAAGGAAUUGGUUGUAACAGAGAGCAGGUUGCCAUAAGAAAAGAGGCUGCUGUAAUAAAUCGCCAUAAAAACUUAGCUCAAGGUUCAAGCUUAGGAAACCAUCAGUUUGACGUUGAAGGCAUAAUUUUAAAAGAUUAGUAUGGAGAAACCACCGAAGGAACUUUUUCUUUUGCUGGAAUUUCAAAGUCUUAGGUUAUCACGAGACGUCGUAACAUUCGAGUGUGUUUUGGUCGUUUGUAACGAUGACAAUCCGAUUCAACAGGUCCAGAGAUAGCUAGGGCUUAUCCAUUUACAAUGAUUUACUGAUUUUGUUACAGAUAGUUUACUCAAUAAGUAUUGAUAAUUCUUGUGAGUUGUAUACUUACUUAGUUGUAUUUGCCAUCUAUGAAUGUAAUGAGACUAGUCGGGCAUAUUGUUCUUUACAAAAAUAUGCACUUUCCAUGUUAAGUAUAUUGUGAAAAUCUUCUAAUAAAUACUGGUGGUACCUACAUUAAUUUAGGCUGAAAAUAAAAUUAAGCAACGCAAGUUGCACCGAAAUUGUUGAAAUUUUCAUCUUGGCAAAGAUCUUUAGUAGCCAUAGCAUAUUUGCACCUGUAUGUUUUCUCAAUGUUGAUAUUACAUAUUUUUAUUUUAUAGUGUUAUUUCAUAAUGUCUUACUUUUAUAAGACACUAAUUGCUUUUUUCGGCUGUCACGAAUAAAAAUGAUUGUAUUAUAAACGAGUUUCAAAUAUUUUUUUAUUAAUUAUAUUUUACCUUCUACAGGAGCUUAAUAAGUUAAUAACAGAACUACAACUACAUUUAGUUAUUAAUUUUUACUUACCAAGUCAUAAAACAUAUUUGAAAUAAUUUCUACUAAACAGGUAAAAGGCUUACCUAACAAUAAUCAGCAUUUUACAAAAAACAAUAAUCAAAUCCUGUUUAAAAUUCUAGAUCCCGUUUUGUGGACCACUGUAGGUACCUAGAGUUGUAAUUGUUUUUUUUUUUAUUAAUUACCUGAAUAAAAAUAAUUGAAAUCGAAA